CUCCGCCGGAAGUGAGGCGCGGAGGAGGAGGGGCGGAGCCCGGCAGGCCUCCGGGAGGGUCGGCGGCCGCCGCCGCCAUUUUGUUCGCGGCGGACUGCCGGGGCGCGCGAAAGUGGCGGCCGGCGAGGCGGGAAGGAAAGGGCCGGGCCGGGGAGCGGCGGGCUCCUCCCCCGCUGGGGCGGAGCGGCGGGGCCUGAGCGCGGCCGGGCAGCGGGGGCGGCAGGGUCGCGGCCGAGCGGCGGCCCGGCAUGUCGGCCUUCUCGGAGGCGGCGCUGGAGCGGAAGCUGUCGGAGCUCAGCAAUUCUCAGCAGAGCGUGCAGACGCUGAGCCUCUGGCUCAUCCACCACCGCAAGCACUCGGCGCUUAUCGUCAGUGUGUGGGAGCGGGAGCUGCGCAAAGCAAAACCAAAUAGGAAGCUGACAUUCCUGUACUUGGCCAAUGAUGUCAUACAGAACAGCAAAAGGAAAGGACCAGAAUUUACAAAAGAUUUUGCUCCAGUAAUAGUGGAGGCUUUUAAGCAUGUUUCAAGUGAGUCUGAUGAGAGUUGUAAGAAACACCUUGGCAGAGUACUCUCUAUCUGGGAAGAAAGGUCUGUUUAUGAAAAUGAUGUAUUAGAGCAACUUAGGCAAGCUUUAUUUUCUUUCAAUUUAGAUGGAGACAGAAAGCUCAGGAAGCGUACUUACGAGCAGAUAAAAGUUGAUGAAAAUAACUGUUCACCUCGAAGUUCUCCCACUGAUCCUCCACAGACAACAGAUCUUAUUAGAGCAUUACAAGAACUAGAAAAUGCUGCCUCUGGGGAUGCAGCAGUUCAUCAGAGGAUAGCUUCUUUGCCUGUAGAGGUCCAGGAUGUGUCGCUCUUAGACAGAAUAACAGAUAAGGAAUCUGGAGAACAACUUUCCAAAAUGGUAGAUGAUGCAUGUAUGUUGCUGGCGGAUUACAAUGGCAGGUUGGCAGCUGAAAUAGAUGAUAGAAAACAGCUAACUCGAAUGUUAUCAGACUUUCUGCGAUGUCAAAAAGAAUUCCUUGCAGAGAAAGAACAUAAGCUGGAAAUGACAUAUUCCCCUCAAGAACUAGUAUUUCCUCAUUUUCUGGAUUUCUUCCUGUGCCAUAGUGCUACCUUAGAACAUGGAUGGCCGCAAGAAGUUUAAUCUGCGAAAUUAUCCUCCAGAGAGUAAUCUUUAAACCACUACUCCUUUGGUUUCCUGGCUCGCUUCUCAUCUAUCGUUUAUGUGGAUUCUCAAUGAAUUCUCUUGUUACAGUGCCUAUGAGAGAAAGCGCUAUGCUGUUGAAAACAUAACAGACUCGUUUCUUCUGCAGCUAGUUUGUACCCAUUGUUUUCAGCAGUCCUGCAAAGAAAGAAGCACUUUGAAUCAAUGUAUUUGUUGUUUUGUUUUUUGUUUUGUUUUGUUUUCCUGUCUGACUAGUGUCCCCUGCCUUAUGCUGAGAGAAGAAUCCAGGCCAGUUUUGUGAAACAAAGAGGAUCUUCUGUUACUUGCAAUCCCACACUCUAGCAGAGUUGUUACACUUAGCGCUAAAUAUUGAGUCCUAGAGAAAUGCUGCUUUUUUAUUUGGCUGAUCAGUAGGAUUGGAUUCUAAAGGAUCCUGCAACUGCUUUCAAGCCAGAGAGUUGGAAAAAAAAAUUUUUUUAAUAUGUGUGCAGAGCAUAAAAUGACUACUAGUAGAAGACUUUCAAAUAAAUCAUAAGGUUCAAGACAAAGAAGCUACCUGUCGCUGUGCUGACUAGGAACAUCUCAAUUUGUUCCCUUUCUGUCCUCUGCAUUCUACUUACGUGUGUACAACUUAGCAAAUAUCCUAGUCCAAACUCCUUGAAGCCAUGUUGGAAAAUGGCCACUGUAAUUGGUGGAGAAUUAAUGUUCUCUUCAUGCAAAAUACACUGAGAAAUUGUGCACGCUCAGUAGCACGUGUAGGUUUUAUGCUUCUAUUCAAUAGUAGGCCACAAUUCUUAAGCUUCUGAGGAAUUUUUCAUAUAUGGGCUGUAGAACAGUCUUGAUCACUUGAACUUCAAUUUUGGAGUAACCUGUAAGUAUUCAUUGUCUUCUCCGUAUCUGAAUAACUAACAUCAAGUUAGGUAAUAAUAACUACAAGAGCAAGAUAAAUUACAGAAGCUACCCUUAAUAAAGUAAAUUUAAUAAAGAUUAAAGUACUGUUUGAGAUAUAUAAUCUGGGUCUUAGCUAUCUUCAGUUACCAAAUGCUGAACACAAACUCCAGGUUUGCAUCAUUUGAUGAGACUGAUAACGGUUUAGCAUUUAAAUAUGUAUUUUUUAAUUUGAAAAAUUGUAAUUGUAUUAUGAUUUAAGGUUUAGAACAAAAAUUUUCUAUGUAUAAGCCAGUGCCCAGUUAUCAGCAAGAGAAAGUUGACUGAAAAUAUUAAAUUUAGAGCUCCAGUGUGUUUAAAAAAAAAUAAAAAAAUAAAAAAAGCUAUCGAUGAAAAACGUAAGUGCAAAAAACAAACUGUUUUGAAGGACAGCAGGCACAAUCUCAAUACUACAAUGGGUGGAAUGGAUACCUUACCAUUCUGAUGAUUAAGUGAUGUCUAAAAUUGCAUUAAAACUAUUUCCACGGGGGAGACAUUCUAUUCAGUCUGCAAAAUGUUUAAUGGCGAAAAGUUUUUUCUUAUGCUGUUGCUUACAGGUUUAUUUGCUUGAUUAAGCAUGUCGUGCUUUUUUUAUGGCACAUUUGUGUUUCGCAAUAUUUUCUCUUUCAAUAUUUCAGCAUAUAGCAUGAUUUUAUGCUAUAUCAUACUGUUUUUGACAUACUGCAUGAUCAUCCUUCCUCCUCCAAAGUUCAGUUUGUUUGCAAAGGUAAUGAAAUAUGGCCAGCAUUGUUGCAGAUUUUCCACAUACAUAUUAGUGACUGUGGGGAUGGAUUUUUUUUUAGUUGGGCCUGUUGUCUUGACUCUUGCUAACGUAGGUCAGAGCAAGUCACUUUCCCUAAGUAGUGACAAAAGCAUGUCUUCACAGUUCAUUCUUUUUAGCUGCGAAAGGGGGGGACAGUAGGGUUCUCUGUGUGCUGUCGACAAGAGUUAUUUUCUUGUUCCAGUUCAAGCCCCCCUUGCUAAACUCUUGAAUAUCAAGUAUAUGCUAGAGCUGCCAGUGUGUCACUGAGGGCCUCAUUUCGCCUGCUAAGCCCUUUCAGCUUGUGGUGCCUGACCAGCUUGAUUUUUUUCGCUUGGAUGGGUUUGUUGGAUGCCGGUAGAGAAAUUACCCUUUGCUUUAUAAGAUGAGCCCUUUCAAAAAAUUUGAAUGCCUGGCGAUGACACUUUUUCAGUCACUCUUUCAGACUGCAUCUUAAUUUUUCAUGCAAGGGGUUUACAUAAAUCACAGUUAGGUUUUGGAUUUAGUGCUGCUUGUUAUCAUUUAUUUCCUUUUCCACAGGGGGGAAAUAUUGCCCUUUUGCACAGCAGUUGCACUGCAGAAUGAAAGGAAAAUGGCAUACCCAUGCUUAGUACUCCAGCUCUUCACCUCAGAGCAGGCUGGUAACACAUACCCGGAGCAUGUUUUUGUUGCUUCUUUAUAAACACUUUCUCUCCUCCCCGCAACUGAUUGUGUCCAGCAAACUGCAAAUCUUAAAAAAUGUACUGACAGGCUGUUUUUCUGUGCCCUGAAGCCUUCCAAAGCAGCUUACUGGCAGAGAAGCUAACUAUUUUAGCAUUUGCCUGAACUUCAUCCAGAGGUUCAGACCUGCUGGUUUUGUUUGCCUUGAUGGAAACGCCAGUCACCAGAUGUUAGUCUUAGUUUAGUUAUUUUUUUCUUUCAAAAUUAAUGUUUAUGUGAGAUCUGGAUGUGUGAGCUUAUGGACAGUCCAGUCUUAAUGGACCACUGAACAAGUAGAGAAGAAAUGGACAAGUAGUUUAGAAAUUCUUAAAUUGCCCUACAGCCAUGUAUUCAAUUUGACUGUGGUGUGCACCCUUCUCUGCAGCAAGAGUGCCAUCUCCCUAGUUUCAGUUCAUGUUUGUGUGAGUGCAUUUUAUGUGGAUAAGAGGGAAAUUUGGCAUGUCUGUCACACAAAAGCCGCCAAGGUAACGUACCUGGUGAAAAUGUACCUGACUGGUACACUGACAUGCAGGAAGCACAUGGAAAACCAGAGAUUUCAGGCAAUGUACUACUUUGUCAUCAGUUCCUUCACUGAAUUUCUUAAACUAGUUCUUUUGGGUUUCUGAGGCGUUGAAAAAAUAGAAUCAUACAAAGAGUAACACAGUUCAGGUGUUUUAUUGCUACCCACUGAAAAUUCACAAAUUACAGUCAUUAGAGUGAUUUAUCAGAAAGCUCUGAAAUAAAGAACUAAGGAUUUUUUUCCCCAUUAUUUGAAUUUUUCCUUUGAAAAUGUCUAUUGAACUACUCUGAUUUUAGGUAUAAAUAUCAUAAUAAUAAAUAACUUUAACAACAUUUAACUUACUAUGUUAACCGCAGUGACCUGAUCUUCAAAGGUCACUUCAUCUAAAACUGAAUGUAAAUCCAGACCUACAAAACAAAGAAACCACAAGAAUUCUUAGAGCUGUUACAUGAACAAGUAUAAUCAUUUAAGAGACCUUUUUAAUGAAACACAGGUGGCUUGAAUGGAUGAAAGAUGUUUUUAAAAGCUGAGACAUUUUUAAAAUGAUUGCUAACCUCCGAUAUGUUUUAUUUUAUCAGUAAAUCACAGAAGGAUGUGCAUUAAUGGGGUUAUUGCAAGCCUUAGGAUUUUUGAAUGAAAAUAGCUCAUAAUGGGGAAGAAAACUUCAGGAAAAAGGAAAACACUGUAAAUAUCUUUCCAUAUUCUUUUUAAUAUUAUUUACCUAUUCUAAGUUCUCCUUUCUCUCUAGACCUUUUUUCUCUGGUUGCUCGUAAUUUCUUUCCUAGCAACCACUUUUUACACGCUUUUUAUUAUAAAAAUAAAACUAGCCCUUUGAGCAAUUCAGAGUUGGGUUAAUAAUGUUAAAAAGGGUUGGUAUACCAAAUUUACUACCUGAAAUUGGUUGUUUGAGAAGAGACACUUAAAUCGUGAUUCUUUCUUGUAGUCUGUGUCUGCUCUCACUUGGUAUCACCUCCCUUAUGGACAAAAUUCUCAUCAUAAUAUUUUAAUUUUUGCCCCCUUAAAUUUUUAAAUUUAAUUUAAACUAAGGCUUGAGAGUAGGCAUUUGAUUUUUUUACAUGGUGGAAUUUGUAUCUAUGUGCACUGUCAGGAAACUAAGAUUCUGCUCCUUUCUUGUUGGCUGUAGAAGAGGUGUGAUUGUUUGCUCACCUCAUGUGCUGGAAAGCUUUCAUGGGAGUAUUCCCACAGGACAUACAAGGGGAGAUUCAAGAAGAGGAGGGGUCAGAAUAUCUACUGGUGCUGUGCAGUUCUCCCUUUCUAGCCUUACCUUUCCCGUACUCCCAUGCCCAUCACUGAACGCUGCAUUUGAAGCAUCUAUUUCACACUCCUGAAAGGAGGGAAAAAACAAAAUUAUUACACAGCAUAUCAACAGCAUGUCUUACGCAGUCAAGUAGUCUCAUUAGUCACAUAAACAAUUAUUUCAAUUUUUGAGAGAUGCUGAGCACUCAGAACUACCAUUAAAGUAAAUGAGGCCUGUGGAUGCUCAUCUUCGAGUUGUAGCAAAAUCCUCUUCUUUAGAAUCCUUAUCUAUAAAAUGGAUAUAUCAACCCACCUAGUGAAAUUGUGAGAAUGAUUUGACAAGUGUAAUAUGAAAGUGUCUAGCUAGUAAAAUUCAUUAGAGUAUACACACAUUGUAUGACUCCCUGGCAUUUAUUGGCUUAUUUUGAGAAACUCCCUUUAAAAUCUCUUUAAGAAAUAGCCUUGUAUCCUUUGUGUAAGAGGUUUUUCUGAAGUUGUGUGGUGGUUGUUCAUUGCAUCAGUUUCUUCAAGUUUUAUAGGAAUCCUUUAUGAAUUGGAAGAAUAACAAGAAGGAAAUAAAAAAAAAUAGUUUGAAGAGCUUGUUAACAAAACCUGUAGUCUUGAGUGGCCUGCGUUGAUAAAUUACUUAAAUAAACAAGGCCAACAGCAUUGGGUGUGUCUGUAGCAGGAUAUCAAGAUCCUCCACUUGUUUUACUUAACUUAUUUCAAGUAAGAUUAAUAUAAUAUCCGAACUUCAGGUCAAUCAAACACUGUUCAUUUUUUUCCUUUCUUGCUUAUAGGUUAACAGUGAGCGUGUCCACACCAUGAUUGUAGAAGGUGUAUACAUUAGCCUGCUUUAAGCUCUGUGCUGCUGCCAUUAGACUGCUGCUAGUGCUUAACCUUGUUACUAUAAAAGCAGGUCUCAUACUUUAUAUAGAUGUCUUUUUGAGAUUAAAAGAAAGCAGAACCUGAAACCUUUGUCUCUUGGCUAGCUAUAGAUAAAUCCCCUACCUGGUGACCUGAAGUGUUGCUUUCAUUCUCAGGCUCCACCUUCAUCUUCAAAAUAGUUACAGGUAGUCCUGGCUUUAUAGGAUUUUCAUACUUUUGUAUGUGUGUUUGUUAAAUAAUGAACGUACAAAAGUCCACAUUUUUGCACUUAGACACAGCAUUGGCUUUGAAAAGAUGAGUUGCACAUACGGAAUCUGUACUUGGAAUUGAGACGUUUGUAAUGACCUGCAGACAAGGGUUGCGUGAAAUGAGGAACCUGUGUCAGAAAAGUAUAACUUUCAGAAUUCAGCCAUUAGGUGCAGUAAAUAUUUGAGCCUGAAGACUUUACACAACUGUUCUUACAUGCAUUGCUAAAGACCUAUUUUUUCUAAUGGACAACCAAACUUUACCAAUCCGAUUCCUUCAAAGUUGAUCCCUGAUAGCUUUCAGAAUUUGGAUUUCUUUUAGAUCAUUUGUGAAUAGGUGAAACUUUAAAAAGCUGUCUCUAAGCUGGGAGCAUUUCACCUUUAUUUUCUUACUUCCAGAACUGUUCUCUUUUAGCCCUUGUGUGUCUUACUGUAUAGCGCAUCAACUUGAAUGUUUGUUUGAGUGUAGUUGCUAAGAAUUUAUUCUGAAAUGCCUGAUUCCUUGUCAUCAGAAGUUCUUCAGAAUUUCCUUCCAUCAGCCAAGAAAUGAGAUUUAAGAAUUCAGUGUAAUUAAAGCAUCUCCUGGAAAUGUGCAGCUUUGAGUUUAUUGUAAUGGUUAAAUUUCCAACCAGAUAAAAAUCCUGUAACAGAUAAUAAAAAUACAAGAAAGGAGACAAAAUUUAUGAGAUGCCUCAAACAGGCAUCUUUCAUUGGAGCUGCUGAUCAUAUCUGCCAUAAUGUUUUAAGUCAUUGUCCCAUACAGGUAUCUUUCAUUGGAGCUGCUGAUCAUAUCUGUCAUAAUGUUUUAAGUCAUUGUCCCAUAAGAGAGUCUCUAAUUAAAGCAAUGUCUUUACAUAGUAAUGUAUUUUAUAAAUUAAUAUACAUCAUUGUGACCCUUUUAUGAUUGAGUGGAGGUAAAUACAAAUGAAGUGAGCCUAGUAACACUGCUUGUACUUAAGCUUGUAAGUCCCUGUUUUCUUUGCUUUAACUUUCCCAAGCAUUGACCAACUUUCUGUGCAGAGAAAAUUUUUGGCUAACAGUUCAUCUCCAAGAAUGAUGCUAAGAACAAGUUUGUCAUAAAACAGUCUUCAGAAAUGACCUUUUCUUUGAGAUGACAUAAUUCAUGUUCCUUCUCAAUGGAUUAUGGAAUGGAGAAGCCCUUCUUUUUGUCAGGGGCAUGCAUUUUGGCAUACAAGCAAAAAUCAACCUGCAUUUAAUGAAACUGCAAGCCUUUGGAAAAAUCUCACUUUGAAUAUCCUCACUGGAGACUUGUGAGAUGAUACUAACUUCUGUGAAGAGUUUCUCUGCUAGAGAUUACUCCAGCUCAGGCUUAAGAAGACAGCUAUACUCUAUGCCGACUGUGGGCCAAGCAUCUGAAAUGAAGUUCAUGUGUUGUCCGUAGUCCUCAUGAGUCUAAGUAAUGGGGAGGUGGAAGCUGACUGGUGUGAAUGCAGAACUUGGAAAAGUGCCUGUAGUGUUUAGAACUGGGGGCUGCAGAGAUUGAGAAGGAAUCUAGGAGACUAGGUAUUGAAGUAGAUAAAGAGUGGAAUAGGGGAUAGAGCCUGGGCAUGGGAGCAAAAGAGAUCAGCUGGCUGAGGAAGUAGGAAGAAAGGAACUGACAGGCCUGAAGAGGGUGACGUCAUGCAGGAUUGAAAUGGAGAAACUGGAAUUCCUUUGGACAAAGAGACUGGAACCAAAAACAGGUACGAGGUAAGAGAGAAAUCUCAUGGAGAUAUUGUACAGGCAAUGAACAGGGAGUGGCUGAGUAAAGGACUGGGGAGAAGUAGGUGGAACUGAAACCAGAUGCAGGCAAAACUAUAGACAAAGUGGUAAGUGGAGAUCAAGAAUGGAGAGGGAGGAAUUCAGAUACAGAGCCAGAAAGGAAGGAAAUUGGUUUAGCUGGGCAAAAAGUACUUGUGAGUGUGUGUACUGGAUGCAAACACAGACACAACAGGGAGUCUGAGAGGUGUUCCGCAGCCUUGCUGUGGGUGAAGAGCUUGGGUCUAGGAAGGGUAUUUGAGGAAUGGAGACCAGAGACCAGGAGUCAAGACUAAGGCAAGUGAGGUUUGAGACCCAAGUUUAGGCUGCAGGAGGCUGGGCAAAGACAUUGUAUUUUCAAGGAAUGGGAAGAACAGUUUGUGACCACUGUGAAGGACUUCACAUUUCUGGUACUCAGCCUUCUAAUGUCAUAAAAUACCUAGGAAAUGCCCUGCUAAAAUACUUUGUUCCUAUUUACUGCCAGUGCACUCAGGAAUUUACAGUCUGAAGAUGCACAGUGUGUUUCUGUCAAUACUACUGCAUGCCAGUUGAUAUUAGACAAAGUCACUUAAUCAAAGUUUCCCCAGGUGGUCAUCAGUUCGUUAUGUGGGUUGCAGGCUUCUGAGUUCAUUGCUUCCUCAUGCUUCGCUUACUGAUGUGUGGAGGAGUCUAUAUUUUAACUUAAUUAAAAAAAUUUGCUUGGAAGUAUUAAGUUCCUUAUAAUUUUAUAACUAAGGAAAGCCAGAUCCUCAAAACUAAUGGAUGCUUUUGAUUUUGAUCUCUCCCUCAGCUCAAAGAUGUUUUCUGAAGAAUAAUUUGUUUUGUAAUGGUGAAAUAUGCCUUUAAAAAACCCAUGAGGAUAUCAGUAAAUCUUUUUACAGAGCAGAAUUUGAAUAAAAUGUUACUAUAAACAGUGUGGGGGGCAAUGCAUAGAACAAUAAGGAAUAAACAGAAUAGCUCCUCAUUAUUUCAGCACUAUCUGUUUUUCACCAAAUGUAGUAAGGCCUAAUGGAAAAGUGAUAGAUGCUUAUGUACUGGAAAGCUGAAGCUUUUUUCCAAAAGUAUGUUUUCAGCUAAACAGACAAAACUAAGCUAUCCAAGUCAGAUCUUUCCUAAGCCUGUCAUAACUGUCCUUGAUUUUCUAGCCUGUGUGUUUGUGUGCGUGAUGCAUAUAGAUGUAUUUAGACUCUGUUUAGUGUCUUAGAUGCUAAGCUACUUCAGGGUUUUGCUCGUCUAGGUGUCUAGGUGUCAGUCUUUCUUGCAGGAAAGUACCCAGAAAGGGUGAUGUGUUAGGUUUUAAUAAGGUGAAGUCUAAAUAAAUGUCAUGUUUGGGAACUUGAAAAUCUAGAAACCAUUUCACAUGCUGCUUGCCUUCAUCUGAAGCUUUCAAGAUUUCCAGUAGUUUCUGUGCUGUUGCACGCAGCAGAUGAGAAGCCUCUCUGCUGGGACACCUGGGACACCUAUUUCUGCACCUGAUGUCAGAAGGUUGGAACUGAUCUAGAAAGUCAGAGACCUCAGUUUUAAACCUGAUGUGCCAAGAAGCUGCGGAUGCUUGCAUACCCACAUGCCCUGAGCACCCUCUUUUUUUUCUUUUUUUUUUUCUUUUUUCUUUUUUUUUUUUUUUUUGCUUUCGUGUAUUGGGAAUAUUGAUUUUCACCUCACCUUUCUCUCUAAAGCUAACAAGGGUCCAGAUUAAAUAUUUUUGUGUUUCUGUGAAUAUUUUAUUCUUGCUUUGGAAUCAGACACACAUGCAUUUUCCCUGUACUGUAUAUUUUCUGCCGCACAGUAUUUUGGGGCAUGUUGUAUCCUUCUGGAUCAGAUGAGGGUUCAAAGUAAUCUUAAUGCUGUAAAGGAGAAAGAGUGUCCAUUAAGGUCCAAGUUGUUUUAGCUAUAGCGUAUGUGUGAGAUAAUUGCAGAAACUCUAUAUUAAGAUCUAUUUCAAACUAUUUCAGUUGGAAGGGAAAUAUUUUAUGCUACAUAGUGCAGAACCUGCCUGUAUUUUUAUUGUUCUUGAUGUAGUGUCUUGUAGUGUCUCAUCAUGAAUUAUUUGGCUCUUUUGUCUGGCACUUACUUGACUGAGAAAUACUUUUGGUCUAUGUGUGGAAGUGGAAGGAAUACAUUGCUGGCAUUACUUUCACAAAAACUCCCUAUUUUACGCUGUCAAAAUAAUAGAAACUUGAGUAACUAGUGGCAUUCUAAUUAGCAAAAUGAAAUGUUUUGAUUAUCUCAUAAACCUACUUUAUGACUGGAAGAACCAAAAAUUAUUGCUUGAAAGUAGUGUUAUCUUAGACCACUGAAGAAAUUGAAAAGACUUUAACUCCAUACAUCAAGUUGUGCAUUUAUCCCAAGAGUAAGACUCUCUGUAGGUAGCAAGCAAUGCAAAUUCUGCUUAGUGUGACAAAAGGAAACAUCAUGCUUUUGCCUGUCCUGUGUGAAGUAAAUAGCUUGAUUUUUGCCUUGUUUACACAGAUGUAAUUUGAAGUAUAUGUUAAAAUCAGUAUAAUGAAAAGGAAAUUGAAGUUCUCUAUAAGGAUUUCUGUAGUUAAGCAUGUCAACAAAGUGAAUAAAGUGUCAAUUAGCUGUAUAGUAUUUAGUGUUUCUGACUGAGUAACAAUAUGAGAAAUAAAGUUUAAAAUUCCCAUUCCCAAUCUCUUGCUCUAAUUUUUAAGUUGUGCUGUCAGUACAUGUACAGAGUAAAAGGAUGUAUAGAUGUGUGCAUGCUAUUAUGAUGAAAGAAUAAACAUGUAACUAGCAUUGUU